AAAAAAGUUGGCAUCUUUUGAAUUACAUCUGUACCUUUCUCUUUCAGAUCAUACUCGCUGUAAUGUUUGGAUUCUAGAUGGAGACUUAUACCAUAAAGGGCUAUUGAAGUUUGCAAUUUCUGCAGAAUCGCUGCAAGACACCAUUGUAGUCUUUGUUGCAGAUAUGUCUAGACCUUGGACUGUUAUGGAGUCUUUACAGAAGUGGGCCAAUGUCUUGCAAGAACAUAUUGAUAAGAUGAAAAUUCCUCCAGAAGAGAUAAGAGACAUGGAAUGGAAGUUUAUGAAGGAGUUUCAAGAGUAUGUAGAACCUGAAGAAGGCUACCAAGGAUCACCGCAGAGAAGAGGCCCUUCUGGCCGAGAAGAUGAACAUACUACUUUGCCACUUGGAGAAAAUGUGCUGACUCACAACCUUGGUAUUCCUGUGCUAGUAGUUUGUACAAAAUGCGAUGCAGUGAGUGUACUAGAGAAGGAGCAUGAUUACAGAGAAGAACACUUCGACUUCAUUCAGUUACACAUUCGUAAAUUCUGCUUACAGUAUGGGGCUGCCUUGAUUUAUACAUCAGUUAAGGAGGAAAAGAACCUUGAUCUGUUGUACAAGUACAUUGUACAUAAAACAUAUGGUUUUCACUUUACCACACCUGCCUUAGUGGUAGAAAAGGAUGCAGUUUUUAUACCUGCCGGUUGGGACAAUGAAAAUAAAAUUGCCGUUUUACAUGAAAGUUUUAUGACAGUGAAACCAGAAGAUACAUAUGAGGACUUCAUUGUAAAACCUCCCAUAAGAAAGUUAGUCCACGAAAAAGAGCUGGUGGCAGAAGAUGAACAAGUAUUUCUUAUGAAGCAGCAGUCAUUCCUUGCCAAACAGCCAACAACACCUACAAGAGCAUCAGAAUCUUCUGCAAGAGGCCCUGCAGGAUCCCCAAGAACUCAAGGCAGAGCUGGUCCCACUAAUGUACCCAGUGCUUCACCAAUAACAUCAGUUAAGAAACCAGAUCCAAAUAUUAAAAGUAAUGCUACAAGUGAAGGUGUCUUGGCUAGUUUCUUUAACAGUCUCUUGAGCAAAAAGACUGGCUCUCCUGGGAGUCCUGGUUCUGGCGGAGUGCAAAGUACAGCCAAGAAAUCAGGUAUUAGACUUGUUAUUGCAGGCUGUUUUGCAUAUUUUCAAUAAUUUAUUAGGUCCACGUUGAUCUAACUGCAUGUAUCUUUUAAACUGGUCAAUGAAGUGACAGACCUUGACAGAUGACAGUGCCCAAAUGUGCAGUCUUUUAAAAAAGAACUAAGCUCUUGCAACUUCACAACUCCAGGGCUUCUGUUAAGCCUGUUUAUAACUUGAUUCUUCAAAGAAGUUGUACUGCUGGGAUAUAAAUAACAUUUGAGUCUUGAUCAUAUUCAGAAAGUGGUCAUUUCCUUUUUUUUUACUUUAGACUUUUUUCCUUUCUUAACAUUUAAACUGUUGCUUGAAGGAAAUGCAGUUUAUUGGGUUUGGACUGCAGUUUCCAAACUAUUGAACUCUAUCCGGAGUUUGUGUUUAAAUUAAUUACUUUUUAUCACAGCUUGAUGUUAUUCUCUCAUUACUUAGUAUUUUAUUGUGAUACAACACAACUGGAUUUGUUCUGUGUGUGUUCAU